AUGGCGGCAUCAAAGACCGACUACCAGAUUGCCUCGCUGGCCGCGGGCUUUACUAUCGGUUUUGGUUUCUUGACAGUAUGGGAGGCCAUGAAGCAGACGAGACGGAAUCGUAACCCCCUUCGAAGCACAUACAUCUACAUGAUGUGGGGUGAGAUUGUUGCCAAUCUCGUCAUUGCCGUCAUCGGAUGGUUAUUCUUAGAUGGGAUAUUAGGACCAACAGUGCCGGUGUUAUUCUUCAUCCUAUUCUUAUGGGUGUGGGAGAUCCAGUUGCUGAUGCAAAUCAUCAUCAAUCGUAUUGCCGUCAUUGCGGAGAGUCAAAAGACCAUUCGCAUGCUGAAAUGGGGAACGGCUGUGGUUAUCACCCUGAUCAAUAUUGCCGUCUUCUGCAUCUGGAUUCCCUCCCACCUUGACCCUCCUGUUAGCCAGACAUACGUCAAUAUCAACCACUAUUGGGACCGUCUCUCCAAAAUCCUCAUUCUCAUCGUUGACGCUGGCCUCAACUGGUAUUUUCUCCACGUCGUCAAGGCUCGCCUCUUGAAUCAGCAUGGAUUGGUCAAGUACAAGCCUCUGGUUGGCUUCAACGCAAAGCUGAUGGUUCUCUCAAUUGCCAUGGACGCUAUGCUCAUUGGCCUCAUGUCACUGCCAAACCAAGUCGUCUACAUCCAGUUCCACCCCGUGGCCUACAUGGUCAAGCUCAACAUCGAGAUGUCAAUGGCCUCAUUGAUCACACGCCUCGCAAAGGAUCAAGAUAGCGGUUUUAGAUUCAACUCCCUCUCAUACUCCCAGGGACAUUCCCGAGGUCAUCGCACGAACCCAACUGGUCUUGACAACGGUCACAACGGCCACCACGAAACCGGAGGUCUUAAGAGUUUCCAUCGCGCCAGCGUCGGAGCCGUUCCUGAGGAUAGAAAUCUCGAAGCCAUCCGGGAAGCUAGAACUGGUAUCCACCGAAGAGUCGAUGUUGAAGUCCGCGUUGAGUCACACUCGCCGAAGUCGAACCCUGCCUCAUCUUUCAGCGGGCGCAACGAUGAUGCGGCGAGCGGAAGCUCUUUCUACAGGGUUGAUGAUGAGGACUCGCUGACGAGCAAUCCCGGACAUCCUCGGUCAUCGGAGAAGAAGGAGAUGAGGGGUUAG